AUGGAGGCUGCAGCGGCCAUCGCUUUUGUGGGCAGAAUUGCGCCCAAGCUCCUGGAGUUCUUAGACGGAAACCGCAAGCUCCGGCAGAACCUGGAGCAUGACAUCACCUACAUCAGAAACGAGUUUGCGUUGAUCUCUGCCACUAUUCAGCAAGACGAUGACCGUCGCUGGAGGAACGGCACCGGUGGUGAUCAUGUGCAGAGGGCCUGGAUCCAAAUUAUACGAGAGUUGGCGCAUGCUAUCGAGGAUUGCAUCGAUCGCUUCAUGCACAGGGUGGCCAUCUCCGGGACGUCGUGGAUCCGUCAGGCUGUCCACCGGGUGAAGACGGGGACGGUCCGCAACGAGUUUGCUGUGGCGAUCCGUGAGCUCAAGAAGAUAUCACAGGAUUCAUCCAGGAUGAGAGAAACUUACUGCAAAGCCAGCGUUGGUGCUAGCACCUCCUCCUCCGCAUCAUCAUUGGCAGUUGCAUGGGCACCUGAAACAACGACAGAGAUGUCCAUAGACAACACCCUUUCAGCUCGCAGCCCUGUGGGCAUGGACACUCCCCGGGAUGAGCUUCUGGAACUGAUCCAGCAGCAGGAGCAACUCAAGGUGAUAUCUAUUGUUGGCUUCGAUGGCAUAGGCAAGACUCUCCUUGCUAGGCAUGUGUACCAUUGUAUGAUGAGCCAAUAUGAGGUACGGGCCUGGGUUUGUACAGCCGAGCAAAGGGGCGCAAGCCAUGUCCUCGAGGAGAUACUCCGGCAACUUGGCAUCCCCACCACAUACACCAAUGGCGGAGGGACCCUCAGCAAUCUCUGUGCAAUCCUCAGACUAUACCUUGGGACUAAGAGGUUCUUCAUUGUAAUCGAUGACAUGCAGACAGAAUUUUGGCACGAUAUAAAAGAUGCCUUUGUGGGGUUGAGCGGCAGGAUUCUGGUGACGACGGCCAUUCAGUCAGUAGCAAAUGCCUGCAGCAGCUCAGCAGCUCAUGAUCAUGUGUACAGAAUGAAAACUCUCCCCAAUGAGCACUCGAGACAGUUGUUCUUCAAGGAAGUUUUCCAAGACGACGAUCCGCCCAUCGAUAAAGAGGACCAGCUUGGCUCAGAAGCACUAAAGAAGUGUGAUGGUUUACCCCUUGCUCUUGUAACCACAGCCCGGUACUUGCAAAGCACAGGUAAUCCGACACGUGAAAACUGGGCAACAUUGUGCCACAAUCUGGGAGCACAUCUGGAAACAAAAGAGAUGUUAGCAAGAAUGAAGCAUGUGCUUGUCCAUAGCUACACCAGCCUUGUUAAACAUGAUGUCAAGACAUGCUUGCUAUACCUAGGUAUCUACCCUAAUGGUCGUACAGUCAGGAGAGGAAGCUUGAUAAGGAAAUGGUGUGCUGAAGGGUUUAUCCAAGGAGAUUAUAUGUGCGAUACUCUGGAUGUCGCUAUCGGUAAUUUCAAAGAGCUGGUCAACCGGAGUAUCAUCCAGCGUACAGAUGCCAGCAACAAAAACAGUGCAGAUCAGGUGAAGACAUAUCAUACUCAUGGCAUGAUGCUCGAGUUCAUCCUGCAUAUGUCCAAGUGUGAUAACUUCAUUACCUUGUUAUAUGAUCAGCUGGAUCCCCCACCCCCACCCAACAAAAUACGUUGGCUCUCCCUUCAUGAUGCAAGUGCCAGAGUGGCCAAUGAUCUAUCUCUUGUCCGAUCUCUGACAAUCUUCGGCAAGGCACAUGAAUCUGUCUUGGAUUUUUCCAAAUAUGAACUGUUGCGAGUUUUGGAUCUAGAAGAAUGCGGUAACCACCUGGAGGACAAGCAUCUUAGGGAGAUAUGCACCAACCUGUUGCUGCUCAGGUACCUAAGCCUAGGGGCCGCUGUUAUGGUUACGAUUCUCCCAAAAGAGAUCAAAAGGCUUCAAUUUUUGGAGACGCUGGAUGUAAGAAGAACCAAGAUAGAGAUUCUGCCCACACAAGUCAUGGAGAUGCCAUGCCUGAUUCAUCUAUUUGGAAAGUUCAAGCUCCAACAGGGUGUAGGAGGCCGGAAAAUGCAUAAGCUACAAACUUGGUUCUCAGAGAAUAGCAAAUUGGAAACAUUAGCAGGAUUUAUUGUGGACAACAACAAGAGCCAAGGAUUUGCACAACUGAUGGAGCAUAUGAAGCACUUGACGAAGGUGAAAAUAUGGUGCGAGCAAUCCACUAAUGAUAGCACGGAUCCCACUGCCAGCGGCAGCAGCGGCACCACCAACAACUACACUCAUGUCUCAAAGGCCAUCAAGGGGUUCAUCAAGAGAAGCACCGACGUGAAAAAAGCUCAUUCACUCUCACUACAUUUCAGUGAAAAAUGGUUCCAAGACUUGCUCAUGAACUUGUCCCUGGAAAAAGAAGAAGCUUGCUCCUGCUAUCUUAGCUCGCUCAAGCUACAAGGGGACAACAUAGGCAGCCUGCCUCCAUUUGUAACCAUGCUGGGUGGUCUUACUAAACUAUGUCUUUCAUCCCCUCAUCAGCUGAGUGGGGAUAUUCUUGCCGCACUGAGCAGAGUGCGCUGCUUGGUGGACCUGAAGCUGAUUGCAUCUCAACUGGCCAAACUCGUCAUCGUAAAAGGUGCACUUGGAAGCCUGCGACGCCUAUGCAUUGUGGUGGAAGUCAUGACUGAGCUGGAAGUCCAAGAGGGAGCUCUGCCGCUCCUCGAGUCACUCCAGCUGCUAUGUAAGGAUCUAAAUGGCUUUUGCGGCACAACAAUCCAGUCCCUGCGACGUAUUAAGGAGGUCUCCCUCUAUGAUGGAGUGAGUGAUGAAACAAAACAUGAGUGGAAAGAAGAAGCAAAAAAACAUCCCAGACGUCCCAAGCUAUUGUUUGUUAAGACGGCCGAAGAAGUUCAUAUGGGAAGCGACCCUGCAGACAAUUCUGAGAGCUCUGCGGUACCAACUACUGAUACAACGUUACCAGUGACAGCGCCCCAUGAUGCCAUUUCUACUGAACAGUCGGCUGGUGAUGAUGAUCAGCAACAUGAUGAAGAUGAUAAAGAAGACACGGAUAACAUUGAUAUCCUAGAGGAUUUUGCUAGCAAAACUUGUCUGGACCCUCUGAUGAACAAGGAAGGUUUUGAACAGGAGAUAAAAGGAGUGAUAGGUUUAGUAGAUCAGCAGAUGGAAGAUACCACUUGGUGCACUGGUCAGGCUAAUACAAAUCAUGUCCAUUGGGUAGUUGAUGGAAAUAGAAGAAAGAGGGCUAGGACUGCCGGUGAAGGCAACUCAAUGGACAAGGUUGUUGAUAGGGUGAAGCGUAAGAACCUGGAGGAUGUCCCAGAAACGAGGCCUACAAAACAAACAGCGCCUGGGCUCACGGUUCCAGUCUCUGAUAGAAAAUGAGGUUUUUCAUUAAAGAGGUUGAUGGGUCGCAUUGGUGCCUCAGUUGAAAGAUCCCUGAUGCCAUUGUUUUGACUGGAGUAGCCGUGUUUUUUAAUCUUGCUCGGGACAGAACUGUGGUUUGCUUUGAGUGUCAGGUUAUCAUUUUUGGUGUUUUAAGUAGACACCGCUUCUGUUGCUUCAGCAGCUGUAUUUUGAUCAUCUGGCAUGUUUAUUUGCUAAUGGUGGAUUCCAUGUGCGCCUGCUUGCUAUAUGGGAUGCCAGACUGCAGAGGCUUAUGGACUCAUCUCCUGAAGAUGAUAAAGUGCUUUCAAUAAAUCUUCUCUUGUUAAAAAAAAUAUCUUCUCUUGUUAAUUUGUACUUGUGAUAUACGAGUAAUAUAUGAGUUUAAUUUCAUGCAUAUCAGAUUUGAUGGCUUUCUGCUGUAGCAGAGUUCACCAUGUUUGUUGUUGGAUAUAUAUUUGGUCCCAGUUAACUUUGACAUAAAUUUCACAGAAC